AGAAAUCAUAUCUUAAAACGUAACCUAAAAGAGCGAAGAGAAGAGAAGAGAAGAGAAGCGAAGCGAAGGGUUAGGGAAGCGAAGAGAAGAGAAGCGAAGGGAGAGAAACGAAAAUGGCCAGGAAUUCAGUGGUUUUGAUACGCCAAUUGCUUGGCAAUCGCAACCACCCGUGUGCUGCAGGUUUCUUCAUCAUCUUCACGACAAACGCAUCCAAAACCUAACUUCAGUACCAAAUACCGCAUCAUCUUCAACGCCCAUGGUCGCUCAAACCUAUUCGUCAUUGAGAGCCUCAGCAUCUAUUACGAUGCACUUGAUAAAGUUAAAGAUAAACGUAUGUCUGCUGUUUUCUUCUACACAGCACCCUUUUGCCGGGGUACCUAUCAGUGGAUAACUCCAAUCUUUGAUGAGUUGCGUGAGCAAUUCCCACAUAUAACAAUGUUUAAGGUUAUCAUGGAACAGAAUGGCCCUGGACCCACAGUGGAUGUGUUUGGAGUUCAUCGCAAUAUGAACACUGGAUCCACAUUGGACAAGUUGGGAAUUCACGAGACGCCAACGUUCCAUUGCUAUCUAAAGGGGGAAAGGGUACAUGAGGUUGCUGGUAUUUCCGCCAGACACUUGAAAAAGAGACUUGAAAAUGUCUACAAUCCAUCUGGGAUAAAGAAAAAGAGAAGACAAGGUAAGGAAGAUGACAAGGAUGGAGGAAUUGUUGAAGUACUUCCCUGUAGGAUUCCUGAAACAUCAAUUCAGAAAGUGAUCUUGGAACUUGAACAAUUAGUUUUUGAUGAAGAUCAUCUGAAAGUUGAUCUGAAUGAUCUGGAUGAUCUGGAACUUGAUCAGAAGAGACAUGAUCAGGACAAGAUGUGGUGGUUUGCAAAAGGGUUGGUUUCAUGUGAAAAGAAGAUGAAGAUCUUUUGUAAAUUGAAAGAUCCUAAAGCCAAGCUCAAAUGGAUUAAGAGGGAAAUGGCUAAGGAAUGAGCUGGAGGCACCUAUAUUAUGCUUUACGUUUUUCUACUUGUGUCUAUGGUUUAGACUUGUGUGGUGCUGGAUUUGGAAUUUGGCUAAUUACCUUAUGCUUGACUAUGAGUUAUGUAAUAGUAGUAUGUUGAUUGCUAUCUUGUACUAUCAUGUAAUUGUAGUAAAGCUUAUUUAGAUUUUUCAAGUAUGCAUAUGGGCGGAUCAA